CAGAGAGGAGAGAGGAAGGAAGGCUGCAGAAAAAGAUCCACGAGGACGAAAAUCUGAGAGAAUCAGAGAAAAUCAGAGAUGAUGCUUCCACAGCUGGUUGUGAUCACAGUCCUGGGGCUCACAUGGACCACAGAAGCUGGAUUGCCCUGCACUCAGAUGUUCCCCUCUCAGUCGCCCCCUUCAAAUGUUCACAGCAUCAGGCCCUCAGAUGUGGCUGUGCUUUCCUCCGUUGGACUUCACAUGCACAGCACUGAAUUGUCCACGGUGAUGUCAAGACUCAGAGAGCUGCUGACUCUGUUCAGCCCGGCCCUCAUCAGUCCUCUCUCAGAUGAAACAAACUUGUACGCCCCUCAGUUUGUUCAGCACAGCUCAUUGGUGGAGCAGGUGAAAGAAUUGUCCCUCCACCUUCAGAACAAUCAGGUCAUUGAUGUGGACAGAGAUUGGAAGCUGGUCCUUCUCUUUGUUCAGGUGGAUCAACUCUGUGCCUGUGAGCAGCAGCAGGUUCAGUCCGUUAUUAAAGGCGUGGUGGAGGAGGUGGAUGAAGCUCUGCAGCUGCUGCACUCUCAGCUGAAGCGGACCAUCGUCAGUGUUGCUUUGUGGGAUGGAGAGCAUGACCGUUUCUACAACAAGAUGUGUGGAUGCAUGGAGACAAACGGUGAAGGAGAAGCCAGACUUCAGAGGGCCAUGCUGACUCAUGCUCUGCAGGAGUCUUUGGACGAGCUUGUGGUAAAGAAGCGUUGGUACACAGACAGAGACGACUUCACUGUCGUCGUGCAGGACUCACCGUUCAUCACAUCUGUAACUGUGAGUGCCUUUGAGAAACCUCUAACUGAUUCUGCAGCAUCUCAACAAACUGAUAAACUGAUGGUGCAGCUGUGGACAAACCUGCUGCAGCCCACAGCUGUCCAUCAACAUAACUCAGAAGACAAUGCGAACAUCAUCGAGCUGCCGUGUCCAACUGAGGCACUACCCUUCUUGAGGACGGAGGGAAACUCUCCUUCAUAUCACCACAGCGAAGAGUCUCCUCUCCUCCACCAAUUUACAGGCACAGAGAUGGUUUGCGAGGACCUCAGCCCCUCACCCUCCACACCCUCCUCAGUCCAUGAACUCCGGCCUGCAGAUAUAAAGGUGGUGGCUGCUGUGGGAGACUCUCUGACAGCUGGGAACGGGAUCGCCUCCAGCACCUUCAACAUCCUGGAUGUCCUGACUCAGUACAGGGGUUUAUCCUGGAGUAUUGGUGGAGAUGAGAACCUCACAACUGUCACCACGCUGCCCAACAUCCUUAAACAUUUCAACCAAAACCUGACGGGCUUCUCUGUUGGAAAAGGAAAGCAGCACACAGAUCAGGCUUUCCUCAACCAGGCGGUCGCAGGAGCCAAGAGCAAGGACAUACCAAAACAGGUGCGGGCCCUGGUGGCAAGGAUGAAAAAUGACUCUAGAAUCAAUUUUGAAUCUGACUGGAAGGUGAUCACACUUUUUAUCGGUGGAAACGACAUCUGUGACCACUGCUACAACUCUCUACUUUACUCUGAAGAGAAUUAUAUUCGUAAUGUUCGUGAGAGCCUGGAUUAUCUGCACAAAGAGGUUCCUCGUGCUCUUGUGAACUUAGUAGAGCCUCUUCAAAUCACCCCGCUGAGAGAAAUGCACAUCGAUACUUCACUUAAAUGCCCAACUUGGCUGGUAAACAUUCUGUGUCCUUGUGUUAUCUUGCCAAAGCCCAACUCUAAAGCUCUGCAAAAAGUGAAGGACAUCAAUACAAACUAUCAGCAUUUACUGCACGAUCUUGUGGAGUCAGGCCAGUACGACGAUAAACCAGACUUCACGGUGGUCGUUCAGCCAUUUUUCAGAGAAGUCAUCGUCCCCAGACUGCCGGAUGGCCGGCCUGAUCGCUCCUUCUUCAGCGCUGACUGCUUCCAUCUCAGUCAGAAAGCCCAGACGCUGAUGGCUCGCUCCCUCUGGAACAACAUGCUGGAACCUUUGGGGAAUAAGACUACCGUACAGGAUUUUACUGCAGGCACUGACAUGAAAUGUCCAACCAAGACGUCACCAUUCAUCCGGACUUAUAACAACAGCGAUUACAACUACACCGCUCCUCCUCCACCACCUGGACCUAUCACAAACUGGGGAAGUGAUUUCUCCUGUGUGGACCUUGCUCCUUCUGACACUGUGCCAACUUCAGUUCACAAACUGAGACCAGCAGACAUCAAGGUGGUGGCAGCACUGGGAGACUCCUCCACGACAGGGACUGCUGCUAAAGCAAAUAACGUGUUUGAACUGGACAAAGCGUACAGAGGAGUAUCAUGGAGCAUUGGCGGGGAGAAGACUCUGGAGAAUGUCACAACACUGCCAAACAUCUUGAAGAAGUUCAACUCUGCUUUGAUAGGAUUCUCCAUGGAAGGCUUUGGAAGGAAGGCCUUCAACAUGGCUGUACCUGGAGCAAAGACCGCAGACCUCUGGGAACAAGUCGAGGCUCUCAUCAAAGCCAUGAGAGAACAUAAAAAGGUGGAUUUUGAAAAUGACUGGAAGCUUGUGACAAUAUUUAUUGGAGGAAAUGAUCUUUGCCAUUACUGCAUUGACCAAAAUAAUCUGUCACCAAAGAACUACAGCCACAAUCUUAAACUCAGUUUGGACAUGCUUUACAAAGAGGUACCGAGGUUAUUGGUUAAUCUUGUGGCGAUCCUGCAGAUUGAUCCGUUGAAAUCGGUCAAAAGAAACACGCUUGGCUGUUCCCUCUUGCAGAGGACCAACUGCCCCUGUGUUAUCAACCCAUCUGAAAACUCCCCAGAGUUUGAGGAUAUAAAACAAAUCAAUCGCGAGUAUCAGGCUGAGAUCCAGCACCUUAUUUCUGGAAACCGCUAUGAGGGAAAAGAAGACUUUGCUGUUGUGCUUCAACCCUUUUUACAGAAUUCCUUCAUCCCUCAUAUUGGAGAGGGUGAGGUUGACACAACUUUCUUUUCUCUGGACUGUUUCCACAUCAGUGAGCGAGCUCAUGCAGAGAUGGCCAUUGGCCUGUGGAAUAAUAUGUUGGAGCCAGUGGGCAGAAAGCAGACUUACAACAACUUCACAUAUGACCGCUCCAAGAUUCACUGUCCCUCUGAGGCCGAUCCCUUCAUCUUCACAAAGAUCAACAGCCUACCAAGCCCCCCAGUGACCACAACGACUGUCGCCCCAGUGACCACCACGACUGCCGCUCCUGUCCACACUGAUACCACAACCACCCGCCCCAGUAUCGUAACAACUAGCCCUGUGCCCAAGUGUCCCUCCUCUGUCCCUGUGUGGGUCCCAGUGGUUGUGGGUUGUGUCAGUUUACUGGCUGGAAUUGUUGCUGCCUGGUUUAUUUUCUCCAGCUGUCAGCGUCGGAAAAACAAAAUGGAGAAACCAAUGCAAAUGAAAGGAACUGGUUUUUAGUGCAGGUCUUGUUGUAAAACUUUAUUUAUUAUCAACAGUGUUUUUUUUAACCUUAAAGCUGCAUCAAGAGUAAAACCAGCUUUCUCUUGUUUUAACAAAAACAAGUUUAGUUGUCUAAAGUUAUUAUUGACAAAAUCAUCUGCAAAACUGCAUACAGCUGCAAACUGGGAUGAAGAUCAUCAGAUGGGGUGUCAGUACUGGCCGCCUGUUCAUGUUAUAGAGACUACAGUGAUUAUCAUGUGAUGGUGUUUUUGAAUUUUUGUACUGCACUGAAAUUGUGAAAUAUUCCAUAUGUAAUUGACUUACCUUGUUGAAUCCAGCAGUUUUGUACAUUUCUCUUUUUUAUUUAUUGGUAGAAUAAAAUUCCUACAACAUUUAAGACAUGAUUGACUGACUUUUACACAAUAUUAUUGUACCCACUGAUGUUUCCUGAUCUCUCAAGUUACGCAUCAAAAU